GGAGAAUGGACGAAACCCUAGCGAAGGUUUGGAGGAGCUUUAGCGCCGAAGGAGAAGCAGGGGCAGCUGCGAUGGCGAUGGAGGCGGGGAGAACCGUGAAGGAUGUAUCUCCGCAUGAGUUUGUGAAGGCGUACUCCUCUCAUCUCAAGCGAUCCGGCAAGAUGGAACUGCCACACUGGAUAGAUAUAGUGAAGACUGGCAGGUUCAAGGAGCUCGCUCCAUAUGAUCCAGACUGGUACUACAUCAGAGCAGCUUCAAUGGCAAGAAAGAUCUAUUUGAGGCAGGGGAUCGGAGUAGGUGGUUUUCAGAAGAUAUAUGGAGGGCGCAAAAGGAAUGGGAGCCGCCCACCACAUUUCUGCAAGAGCAGUGGGGCUAUUGCUCGUCACAUCCUGAAACAGUUGCAUACCAUGGAUAUCAUUGAGAUCGAAGCUAAGGGGGGACGGAAAAUUACAUCUACCGGAAGGCGAGAUCUCGAUCAAGUUGCAGGAAGGAUUGCAGUUGCUGCUUGAACAAAUUCAUCAGAUGAUUUUGUUUAUUAAGUUCUGAAUUUCAAUUUGUGUUUGCUGUCAUCUUUGAGAUUUACUGGUCCUGAAGCUCUUCUUAAGGCCUCCCAAUUAAGCAUACCUCUUGCAAUCUAUGUUCUUUAAUUAAGUACACUUGUGUUGAGUUAUUUAUUAGUGUUUUGUUCA